GCCAACAAUACUUAAAGCCACCCUUCACUCUUCCAACAACACUUUCAUCACAUUUCCUCUUUUACAUUUUCCCACAAACACUUUGAUUGAUUAACACACUAGACCAUACCUGACCCCUAAUAUUCUUAUGGCACGACCACAACAACGGUUCCGAGGCGUGAGACAGAGACACUGGGGCUCUUGGGUCUCUGAGAUUCGCCACCCUCUCUUGAAAACAAGAAUCUGGCUCGGGACUUUUGAGACGGCGGAGGAUGCGGCUAGGGCCUACGACGAGGCGGCGAGGCUAAUGUGUGGCCCGAGAGCACGUACCAAUUUCCCUUACAACCCAAACGCAGUUCCUUCUGCCUCUUCCAAGCUCCUCUCUGCCACUCUCACCGCUAAACUCCACAAAUGUUACAUGGCUUCUCUUCAGCUGACCAAACAGACGCAAGCGCAAACUCAGAACCCGAGGUUACAGCCGUUAUCCUUACCGGACACUGACAGAGUCAUGAAUGUGACGGCUAAAGGAAAUCAUUAUAACAUGGGAGGAGGAGUAACGGAGACGAUGAAAGAGACCAAGUGGGAAAAUGGAAACGCGAAUAUGCAACAGAGUUUCAGGACACUGGAGGAAGAUCACAUCGAGCAAAUGAUAGAGGAGCUGCUUCAUUACGGUUCCAUUGAGCUUUGCUCUGUUUUACCUACUCAGUCGAUAUGAGACAUGCAUGGCCCUGUCGUUUUAGCGUAAUUUUUUCUUUAAUUUAAGUUUAAUCUUAUUUUUAUUUUCUUCAACAUGACGGCAUCGUGGAGUAGUAGAAGAGAAAAGGCUAGUUUCAAGACAUUUUGAUCUGAAUUGGUCUCUUUGAAACACUCAUUCUUGUUUCCACAAGAGCAAUCGAUCAUAUGCUAUGUAUGUAUAGUAUUUUUAUGAUUAUGAAAAAAAAUAUUAUCAAUUUUUGUGUGUGUUCGUGUGUGAAUAAGUGGGGAUUAUAUGUAGUGAAAAGACACAACAUUGGGAAGAAAGGUAGCAAAAGA